CAGCAGAUACGGAUCUUGAUUUCUGUAUGUCAUGCUGCUCUCAUUCAGGGCAGUGUGGCUGUAGUGCUGUCGGAACAGAAUCUUAUAAUUUAGAUAAACUUUGAACAGGACGUGUGAGGUUUCUGGAUUAAUGUGGCUUCAGUAAAUAUCAAGAAAAACUUAUUCCAUCAGUGAGCUACUGGUUCCUGCAAUAUAGAGAUGGGUUCGACCACUGUGCCUGUGACCUUGAACUUCUCAUCCAGCAACAGUGACUCUAAUAUUUCUACCUGUAGUACUCUGUACGCCCACCGGGAAUAUGCCAGGGUCCUCAUGCCUCUGUUCUAUUGCAUUGUGUUCUUCGUGGGACUGUUCGGUAACUGCCUCGCGCUCCACGUCAUCCGUCCAAACAUGAAGAAGAUCAACUCCACCACUUUGUACUCUCUCAACCUGGUUAUUUCUGACAUCCUCUUCACCCUCUCUUUGCCUGUGAGGAUUGCCUACUAUGCUCUGGGCUUCCACUGGCCUCUGGGUGAGGCGAUGUGCAAGAUCUCAGGCCUCAUCUUCUACAUCAACACCUACGCAGGGGUCAAUUUCAUGACCUGCCUCAGUGUAGACCGCUUCAUCGCUGUGGUCCUGCCUCUGCGCUUUUCCCGACUCAGGAAGGUCAGUAAUGUGCGCUACAUUUGUGUUGGUGUGUGGAUGCUGGUCCUGGCACAGACCCUCCCCCUGCUGAACAUGCGUAUGACCAACAAAGAAGUGGAUGGAUACAUCACCUGCAUGGAAUACCCCAACUUUGAGACGGUCGACCACAUUGCCACUAUACUGAUCGGUGCCGUCUUCCUUGGUUACAUCAUCCCCAUUGUGACCAUUCUAGUGUGUUACUCCGUCUUGUGCUCCAAACUUCACUUCACAGCCAAGAAGAACCAUUUAACAGAUAAGUCCGGUCGGAGCCGCAAGGUCAUCGGAGUGAUCUGCUGCGUAUCCCUGGUGUUUGUUGUCUGCUACAGCCCCUAUCACAUUGACCUCCUGCAGUACAUGAUCCGCAAGCUGGUGUCAAGCCCUGAUUGUGCUGAUCUCACAGCCUUUCAGGUAUCGCUGCACAUCACUGUGUGCCUGAUGAACCUCAACUCCUGCUUGGAUCCUUUUAUCUAUUUCUUCGCCUGUAAGGGCUACAAGAGGAAACUUCUGAAGCUGCUGAAGCUACAGGUCAGCAUGUCCUUCUCCAGUGCAGUGAGGACGUCACCAGAAGGCUCCUCUAAGGAUGUUAUUGAUGGCAACAAAAUCCAACUCAACAGUUGUACUAUAGGUUCAACCAGUGAGAGAUUCUCAGAAAGGAGAGUACUGCGGUAUGAGUAAAUGAGAGAACUGAGGCACCGAGAGUUACACAAGAUGAAGGACCUUUUACGCGUGGGCCUGCGUUAAUCAAGGCCAGUCCAAUAAUGUGACUCACUCAUUCCAUCAAGGACUCCAAGCAGCUACUCAGCAUCUGGAUCCAUAGAAAUUCAGCUCUUUUGGACCUGAUUAGUUUACACAAGGGAAGGUUUGUAAAAAGAACAUUAACAGAAUGACUCAGAAUUUUAAGAAGGAAAAUUCAACACUUCCUAUGUUUAUAUAUUUUCUUAUUAAUUUUAGUGAAUUACUCAGGAAAGCACAGAUCAUUGCAGUUAAGGAAAGAAAGGACUUAAAACUUCAUAAAGCAAGCUUGUCUCCUGCCCAUAGACUUAAUGUUGAUAAGGUAGAGCAUGAAGCAGAUCAUGGUGGAAGUGGCCAGUCAACCAAUACAGAGCUGAAAGAGACAUUGAUGAACAUCAACGAGUGGAUAUGAAGUGUGUUCAUGUACAAUAUGUGAAGAGUUAUAUUACUAAAAGAAAAAAAAAUCAAAGCAACAUAUUUGCAAUAAUAUUUACAACCAAACAAGGACCACACACCUGAGCCUAUCCUCACAGUGUUACUUUUACAAACUGAGAUGUUAAAGUAGAAGUAGAUAUAAGUUUCAUUCCAAAAUGAAAUCAGACUCACAACCUCAAGUUUCAGUUCAGCACACAGUUGCAGCACACAGUUGUAAUGUCUCAGGAACAUUGACCAACUGUACACUCAUUAUUUCAGCUGCCAGCACAUGUUUGCCUGCUUUAACGUGCACUUCCUCUUGAUAAAAGUAGGUGUGGUCUAUGAUGUAACUUAAUUUAAAGGAGAUCUGUUUUAACAAGAGUUAUGUUAUUCGCAAUAAUGUAUUUUGUGUUUCCUUGAGGUUAAGGUUAACUGCAUUUCAUUUCUUCAUAAAACAUUUGCAAAGCUAAUUCUUCUGAGUAUACAUUCAUGUUUACUAGCUUGCAGCCUUCUUCCUUGCCUUUGCUGGUGCACUGCAGCACAUCUUGAUGUGUUAUCAACACCUUUAGAUCAGUGGAACCAUGGGUAGGAAUGUGAAAUUGCAUCAACUGUGUGAAGGUUGAUGAGAUGAACAAAACAGGGACCCACUCAUUAAAAACAGCUCCAUAGCACUACUAGAGGUCUAAAACUCCACAGGGGACCUUAGAUAGUUUGUUAUAUGGAGUGCUACCAAAAUAUUAAUUAUAAUUUUUUUUGUUUUGUUAUUCAUUUUAAGAUUGGCUUUUAUCUGUUUUCACAAAGGAACUGUUUCAAGUGUUUCUCUGUUAGUGUUUUGUAUUAUGUUUUUAUCCCCUUUAUAGAACUCUGACAGAGUUUAGGGAACAAAGGGAUGUGGGGGCUAAUUGAUGAGACUAUACUGUAAUGCAUCAAAAAUGUAUCCAGUAUAUUUUAGGCUGAAGUUGUUGUGUCAUUGACAGAUACCUUUAAAUCAUAGACUGCACUUCAACCCUCUUCUCUUUACCUCCAAACAUCCCUGUCACCUCAUUAAAACAAAUAAACAUUUGUUUCUAAAACUA